AUGCCUUCUACUACGCCCACCAUCGUCUUCUUGUCUGCUGAAGACCUUGAUCAGCUCCGCGUCUGCAUCAAGUCCCGUGGCCUACAGGAAAAGCUCUCUGCUAUGAAUAACCCUCACGGCGCCACCCUCAUGACCGUCACUCUCAAUACUACUCAACGUCUCCUCUCCAUGUUCGAGGGCGAUGCAAGAAAGAAGCUUCAACUCUAUCUCAACGAUCCCACUCCAUCCGCUACGUUUACCACCAUCCAGUCCGUUCCUCUGAGACGUGACCAACGCAGAGAGGUUCACAAUCUCAUUCGUCAACUCUCGAACAGCAAACUCGACUCCGGUCUUGACAACCAGACUUCUCGCAUCGAUGUCUUUGUCAGAAACACUAUAUCUCAAUACCACAAGCAAGAGAACCAGCGUCCUCGCGUCCCUCGCCAGCAAAACACUCAACAACAGCGUGCUCCUACUAGGGCAUUUCCUUACCAUAACACCAAUGCCACACGCAACGCUCCUCGCAACAAGUUGGCCACAAGAGGUACCGCCCCUCGCGCAGCUCCUUCCGUCCCGCUCACUGCUGAACAACAGGCAAAGGUGGAUGUCUGGAUCGAGACGCCUGCUCAAAUCGCUGCACGGGAGGAGGCUGCCGCCGAAGCUCGUGCUAAGCGUCGCAAUGCACCUCCCACCAAAUUCAAGUCCGUUGAUUGGGUGUCGCUCGUCGAUGCGACUUUCAAGAGCACUGCCAAGGAGACAGGACCUGAGUUGACUCCCGAAGAGCUUGCUCAACGUGCAGAGCGCAGAAAGAAGGCACUUCCACCUCACAUGCGUGGUGCCGCAUUCCAGGCCCAGAACGAUGAGUAA